AUGAUGCAAAUUGCAGAAGCUUAUUUUGAUACCAAAGUUAAUACAUCAGCUUACAAUAAUGAUUAUCAAUGUCAAACUAUAAAAGAUGCCGUUAUUUUCGCCGACGUUGAUACAUUUGAUGUUUCUCUCCUAACUAUCGAAGAGAGUAUUUAUGAAGUAAAUGCUGUUUCUAGUAACAUACAAUUUGGCGAGAUUUGA